UAGAGUAUCCGGGUGUAUUUUUGUUAAUAAUUAUUGCACAUGUUUUCAACAGAUUACUCGAAUAUUACAUCACUAUUUCAAUCUUUCUCAUUGUUAUAAGAGGGUUGAUGGAUGUAUACAUCAGACAUAGUUAGGUUUUGUUUCACUCUUAACGAAUACAGUUAUAAAAGCUGACAAGGACUCGAGGUAACAAGAAAAGUUACCAUAACAUUAACAGUCAAGGAUGGCUAAUUCAGAUGAAAAGCUGAAGGUGGAAACUUCUAAAUCACUUUUCCGUGAUAUAACUGCAGAUGAUGAAACACCAGAAGUCAUGGAGAUUGAAAGUCUUUGCUUCAAGUGUGAAAAUAAUGGUUUAACACGAUUAUUUUUAACCAGAAUUCCUUUCUUCAAAGAUGUCAUCGUCAGUUCAUUUACCUGUGAUAAUUGUGGUUAUCACAACUCUGAGCUGCAACCUGGUGGAAGAAUCCAGGACAAGGGAGUCAAGUAUACAGUCAACAUUCAGAACCGAAAGGAUUUAAACAGACAAGUUGUACAGACCAAUACAGCAACAAUAGCCAUUCCUAAAUUAGAGUUUGAAAAUCCGCCAAACAAAGGAGCUUUGACAACAGUUGAAGGUAUUAUACAGAGAGCUGUAGAAGGCUUAUCACAAGAUCAACCUUUAAGAAAGAUACAACACCCAGAAAUAGCAGUCCAAAUUGAUGAAUUCAUUGUUAAGCUUAAUGAACUUCUGCUAUUGAAGGAACCAUUUGACCUAGUCCUAACAGACCCAAGUGGAAACAGUUAUAUUGAAAAUUUAUAUGCACCUCAGACCGAUCCUCAGAUGAAAAUUUCACAUUACAACAGAUCUAAAGCAGAUAAUGAAAACUUAGGAUUGUCACAGGAUGCUGAACAAGAGAUGAAAGAAAAUGAAACAUUUAACAUGUUUGAUGCCAAGGGGGAGGUUGCUACUUUCGAGACCAAUUGUCCAUCAUGUAACGAACUCUGUUCAACUAAUAUGAAGGUAGUUGACAUUCCUCAUUUCAAAGAAGUUAUCAUUAUGGCUACAAACUGUGAUAAAUGUGGACAUCGUGACAAUGAGGUCAAAGGUGGCUCAGGAAUUGAACCAAAAGGAAAGAAAAUCACCCUGAAGAUCACUGAUGUUUCUGAUAUGAACAGAGAUGUUCUGAAGAGUGAGACUAGUUCUCUAUCCAUUCCUGAACUUGACUUUUCUACAGGCAUGGGAACGUUAGGUGGAAAGUUUACUACUGUGGAAGGAAUCUUGCUGGCAAUCAAGGAUCAGCUAAAGGAUUCCAAUCCAUUCUUUCGUGGAGACAGCUCUGAGGAGAACAUGAAAGGGAAGAUCGGAGAAUUCUGUGAUAAAAUUGAUGAGAUCAUUGAAGGAAAAAGAUUGGGAAUCCACUUUGUUUUGGAUGAUGCAACAGGGAACAGUUAUCUUCAGAAUGUUUAUGCACCAGAUGAUGAUCCAGAAAUGGAAAUAGAAAUGUACGACAGAACCUUUGAACAGAAUGAAGAAUUAGGACUUAAUGAUAUGAAAACAGAAAAUUAUGAGAGCUCAUGACAAAGAGCAUUGGGAAUGAUUAGACUGUUCAAAAUAAAAUGUACUUUCGUCAAGCUAGGGUCUGUUUAUUUAAAAAAAAAAAUGUACAUUUUGGUUUUCUAUUAUUUAUUUUUUUUUAGAGUUAAGAGUAGGUUUAAAUCUAUCAGAUAAAAAUGCUAAUAAAUUUGGGGUAUAUGUCAAUUACAACAGUAACUGGUUUUCCUGUUUGAAUUGUUUUACACUAGUCAUUUUGGGGCCAUUUAUAGCAUGCUGUUUGGUGUGAGCCAAUAUUAAGGCUCAGUGUUGUAGGCCAUACUUUGACCUACCGGUAUAAUUGUUAACUUUUUAAACGACCGCAAAAAAUCUACUUCGUAUAUUGUUAUUCAUUGUGACUUGGAUGGAGAGUUGUCUCACUGGCAGUCAUACCACAUCUUCUUAUUUCUAUUGUAUUUUAAUUUUGUGUAUUAAAGGGGCACUAGCUACGAGGUUUAUAAAAAAUCUAAAGUAUGAUUUUUUUUGUUCAAUCAUUAAUGAAAAUGAAAUAGUGAAAUAAUAAUUCGCUUUUAGCAGCCAGUAUGGUUUAAUUUUGUCAAAUUAAGCUAAGAAACAUUGAUGAUGAAUUAUUCACUUGCAAGUGAAUAAUUCUACCUCAUGGAAUCCGUAUUCAUGUGAACUUCAAUUUAACCCCAUACCUAGAGAUGGAUAACGCAUGCAGUGUGCGUGUUCGGUUAUUUAAAGGAAAAGAAUGUCAACAUUGAAAGUGAAACAAAGGUAAAUCAUUUGAUUGACUGAUUUGGACAAAUGUUUUACAUGGUUAUAAAUCAAAUAUGAGAAUUUGAGUCAAAUCGGUGAACAUGAAUUUGACAGCUAAUGCCCCUUUAAGAUAAAAAGUUUUGCAGAUCUAGGACUUUGGUUACCAUGGAGUGUGGAGCAGAGAGCUGAAACAUCAAAAUAUUAUUCUUUUAAAUUAUUCUAAAAAAAAGAAGGUGACAUUUUAUUUAUUAGGAUUUAUUCCAUUUAUAUAAGAAUAUAAUUUAUAUAUGAUGGGAGCAGGACAUUAUCCCCCUUUUAUAAUUUAAGUAUCAACUUUCAAGAAUCCUUAAGACACUUUUAUGAUUAGUUGGCAUUUGUUUUUCAUAGGGACUGAAGUGCUCUAUGAAACUUUAUACUGUAGAGGGGAAAAUUUGUGUAAGGGGUCUAUUUUUGAUUAUUGUGUGAUGAAAAUAAUAUCUCUAUCAGGGGUGGGGAUGGCGGUUGGCAGCCUGCAUUGCUACCUUAUGUUUCAGUUAAAAAGUCAUGUAAGCAUUAAAAAUGUUUGGAUUUUUUUUAUGUGGAUUGCUGUUGCUUUCAAAUUUGCUUGAAAUUGUUUGGAGGCAAUUUUUAAAUGUGACCUUUUGGCCAAAAGGGGUACCCUACUAAAGACCCAUUUGUUAUAAAGAAAAUAAAGUUGAGCAAUGAUUCUACAAAUUGAGUUUGUUUCAAGAAAUAAAGGCAUUGUAACAUUGAUUUAUUUGUCUUGACUAACAAUUUAGAUUGACUAUAGAUUAUUAUGUUCUUAAAAUGUUUGUUGACAAAAAAUUAAUGUUCAAAAAAUUCUUUUGAAUAAAAAUUAAUAAGCUGA